UCGGCCAUAAAAUCAGUAGCAGUUUGUGUUACAUUGUUAUUGAAAUAAUAUUUAAAGGUUGUUUCAUAUGAAUUUUAUAAAGUACCGAUUUUUUAAGACAAGUAUUAUUAUAUUUACCAUGUUAUGUAUAACGUGGUUAGACUGUCGUCAAAGACAUCGCACCAAGACAAGAACUUCUACCACAAAAGAUCCAAGAAUCGCACGAGUUUGUAUAAAACUUAACCAGACUUUGAAAGCUCGACACAAGUCAUGUUUUCUGCGACCUGACACAGGUCCGUGUAGAGCUGAUAUUAUUCAAUGGUAUUAUGAUGCAAGGCAAAGCAAAUGCUAUAGAUUUUUUUGGGGCGGCUGUCAGGGAAAUGGAAAUAGAUUUGAAACUUUGAAUGCAUGUGUGGAAUAUUGCCACUUGGAUGUAUCGAACCCUGUUGCAAGAAUACCAUAUUUCUGUGCGUUAUCAUUUGACUAUGGCAAUUGUUUUGGUUAUUUUAACCGAUGGUCCUGGGAUUCGUUAACAAGGACCUGUAAGCGUCAUUUGUAUUCGGGCUGUGGUGGUAAUCAAAAUAAUUUUCAAACGAAAACAGAGUGCCUAAAUACAUGUUUGAAACCACCCAACAACACAUUGGUCAGGAGUAAUAUGUUAACUACCUGUAUUCCUGCGCUAAACAUACCUGAAAUGGAUUAAGGCUGUCUUAUUGAUGUGUGUGAUAUGACAUAAUAUCCCUACCACAAGAAAACUGCGAAUAAAAUAUAUCAA